UCAACCACAACUGUCAAAAAUAUUUUUUUUCUGUGCCCAUUUAAAGCGGCAAAAGUCUCAACCUUUAAAUGUAUUAAAUAUGGUUGCUAUUAUUAAAUAAGGACUUAAAUAAAUAACGAUGUGGAAGUAAAUUAGAUUGAAUUUAAAAUAUGUAAUCUUAAUAAAUUGUACAAUAAAUAGAUAUGAAUUUAUAGCUAUAAAUAAAAAAAAUAGAAGAAAAUGGCUGCUGAAAGGCUGCUGUGGCUGGCGACUGCAUUACUUCGUCUCUGGUUAGGAGCUGGUGAUUUGUGUUAUGCACAGUCUACUCUCCUCUCCUUCCAAGAUCUUCUGCCAGAUGACCCUCGGUUGUACGACAAAAUGCGACCGCCCAAGAAGGAUGACCAGCCUACUAUAGUCAACUUUCACGUCACUGUUAUGGGAUUGGAUUCUAUUGAUGAAAACUCCAUGACGUACGCGGCCGACAUUUUUUUUGCGCAAACCUGGAAGGACUUUCGCCUGCGACUGCCAGAGAACAUGACUACGGAAUACAGGUUACUAGAAGUAGAUUGGCUGAAGCACAUGUGGAGACCAGAUUCCUUCUUCAAGAACGCCAAGUCCGUCACCUUCCAGACCAUGACCAUACCGAACCACUACGUCUGGCUAUAUAAGGACAAAACCAUACUGUAUAUGGUGAAGCUAACUCUCAAACUGUCUUGUGCCAUGAACUUCUUAAUCUACCCGCAUGACACUCAAGAAUGCAAACUGCAAAUGGAGAGCUUGUCUCACACAACCGACGACAUGAUAUUCCAAUGGGACCCUGAGGUGCCCCUGGUGGUAGAUGAGAACAUAGAACUGCCCCAACUGGAGCUAGUAAACAAUAGAACUGCUGACUGCACGCAGGUCUACUCCACUGGUAACUUCACGUGCCUAGAAGUGAUAUUUAAACUGAAGAGACGCCUCGGCUAUCACCUCUUCAACACCUAUAUACCGACCUGCCUAAUUGUUAUAAUGUCUUGGGUGUCGUUCUGGAUAAAGCCGGACGCUGCGCCCGCGCGUGUCACCCUCGGCGUGACGUCACUCCUCACGUUGUCCACGCAACACGGCAAAGUCCAAUCGCAGCUACCCCCCGUGUCGUACCUAAAAGCUGUGGACGCUUUCAUGUCUGUUUGUACCGUAUUCGUGUUCAUGGCUCUAAUGGAAUAUUGUUUAGUUAAUAUCAUACUGGAUGAUGGUGGACGGAAACCCAAGGAACCAGCUGAGGCGGCCAAAGCGAAACUCCGCGCGAUCAACAUCGACAGGUUUUCCCGCGUUUUCUUCCCUCUACUAUUUUCUGUUCUCAACGCCAUCUAUUGGAUUCAAUUCGCACAAUACAUAUGAUUAGGAAAAUAAUGAUUUUCCGAAUGUACAAUACAAUGUUAUUCAAAAAUAUAUUAUAUUAUUGCUUGAAAUUAUUAUUUAAAAAUGCUUUAUUUUAAAUAAUAAUUUAUUAGUUCUGCACUAGACGUUCAAAUUGUACU